ACAGAAGCAGCAGGCGCGCCGCCGCUGUGUUUUGGUUGAAAAUCUGGAGCCGCCCAGGAAGUGGAGCAGAGGAGCAGAUAUAUGUGUCGCCACUCGCCGACUCCUCGGCCUCCUUUUGGACACCAUUUAGGCGGAAAAUAGCAGGCUUUAACGGACACCUAGCACUUCCUGUUAUCCCUCCGCCUGUCGGGAGUGUGAAUGGCGCGGAUUUAUCUCAUGUCGCCACACUCACAAGAAAGUGCUACAAGUGUAUUGGCGGACAACUUUCAGCGAUAGCGAGAAACGUGUUAUUUUUUUCAUGAAGUAACGGUACUUUUUGUCUGUUUUUUCAUGAAGUAACGGUACUUUUUGUCUUUUUUUAAUUUCUUGAAACCUACCUGGAUCCUGUUAUCAUGACGCCUGACCUCCUAAACUUCAAGAAGGGAUGGAUGUCGAAACUCGAUGAAAGUGGAGAGUGGAAAAAGCACUGGUUCGUUUUGACUGACGCAGGACUGAAGUACUACAGGGACUCCAGUGCAGAGGAGAAAGAUGAUCUGGAUGGUGAAAUUGAUUUAAAGUCCUGCGUGAAGGUGUCUGAGUUUGACGUGGAGAAGAAUUACGGCUUUCAGAUACAGACGAGGGAUUCCUCGUUUACACUUUCUGCCAUGACCGCAGGAAUCAGGAGGAACUGGAUUGAGGUUUUGAAGAAGUGCAUCCGGCCCAGUAGCACCCCAGACCUCACACAGCUGCCUGAUAGCGGCAGUGACAAAGAAAACUCCCACACGCGCUUCCAGCCGACUCCCCGGCGACCGCCAUCGCACCACGCCGAUGUCCCUUCAGAAGUUCCCCCUACCCAGCGUCGGUUUGACUACGUGGAGCUGUCCCUGGUCCCCGCCUCCUCCGGCCAGCUUUCCGCCAGUCAGAGACAGACGGGGGAGGGCCCGCGGAGAGAGCAGGGCCAGUGGCAGGAGGAGAGGGCCCGGGAUGCCACCAGCAGCCAGUGGGAGGCGGUGCUGUCUCGGAAGGGCACCGGCGGAGGAGUCAACUCGCGGCUGCGCAUGGAGGACGAGAUCGAGAAGAAGUGGGCGGAGUUUGAGCGCAUGCCUUUGAAGGAGAACCCGACGGCGGGGUCUCGGCCUUCCGGCCAGCUGGCCAAUGAGGCGCUGCAGAGGGAGGUGGCGUCACUGAGGCAGCAGCUAGAGCAACUACGAGGGGGAGGGGGAGGGGGAAAGGGGACGCACGCCCCAUGUGGCACCGACGGCCCCUGCAGCCGCGGCCUGGCCGCUGUAGAGCGCGCUCAUCGGCAAGCCAUGCAGGAGCUGCAGAGGCAGCACGAGCGGCAGAUGACGGCGUUGGAAACGGAGAAGAAGAUGCUGCUGCUGGAGGAGAUUCAGGACACGGCACGGGUGAUGGAGGUGCUGAGGAAGAAACACAAAGAGGAGCUGGAGAGCGAGGUGGAAAAGGUCAAGAGGCUAAGCAGUGGCGACCCAAAGACUUUACGAGACCAACAACAGGUAGAGAGUCAGGCCUUGCAGAGAGAGCUGGCCGGACUAUCGGAGCGCUACUCUCAGAAGUGUCUGGAGCUAAACCGGGCUGAACAGAACAACGCUGAAAGAGAACGGGAACUCAGUCGAAAGGAGAGCAAUCUGGAGCAGCUCAGGAAGGAGAACCAAAACUUAAAGGAGCGCUUGGCAGAGGAGAUCUGCCGCAUACGAUACAACACAGAUCUGGGUUCAAAGGGCAACCGAGAUGGGACAUCCUGUGAAUUAGAGGUCCUGCUCAGAGUCAAAGAAAACGAGAUCGAGUACUUGUAUAAGGAGAUCAGCUGUCUAAGGAAUGAACUGGAGUUCCUCAACACGGAGAAGUGUCGGGCCGGUGCGCGAUACGCGGAGGUGAACGAGGAGCUGAGCGGGAUAAAGGGGCGGAGCGAGCGCGAGAUCCAGAAUCUAAAGGAGCACUUGAGGCUGGCCAUGGCCGCUCUGCAGGAGGGCCAGAGGCUGGGGAACAGCAUGGACCACUGACUCCUUUUAAAGGUUAGGAGUGAUGCUCGGGGGCGGGGCAAGUCAACAACAAGCCCCCAUGGUGGUUCCCCCCAGGUGUGCCUGCUCCAAAUGUGACUGAAAGGAGAGAGAUAGUUCUAGUGCCUUUUGUUUCAAUGCUGGUGCCAAUGGUAACCUGGCCUUUUUACACUGGACCACGUGUUCUAUAAACUGCACUUUUCUUUCCUCAUUCAGGCUCCUGGUUCCCGUCGGUGCGCCUUUUUUAAAAAAAAACUGGAGUAUUUGUCAAUCUUCCUCAUUCAGGCUCCUGGCUCCCGUCAGUGCGCCUUUUUUAAAAAAAAAACUGGAGUAUCUGUCAACCGUCGUCCUAGUUAAAGGCAUUUCAGGUUCUUCUCGAACAGCUUUUACGACGGAUUUUUUCUGUGUCUUUUAGAACGACAUCAAGCUAAUGUCGUCUGUUUAGUUUUAUUCCUCCUAAAAAAAUGUGCUCUAAAAUGAGAUCUUAUCAUUUUUGAUCGUUCUAGAGGAGAUCAUUUUUGAUGUUCUGCACCAAAAACAUGCAUGUUGGGUUACCAGAGACUCCUAAUUGCCUCCAGGUAUUGAUGGUUAUUUGUCCACCUGUGUGAAGUUGGCCUGCCUUAUCAUUGCAAAUAUUAAAAAAACACUGCCUGUGUGCUACCUUUGUGGCCGUAAAAUUAUUAUUUGUGCUGUUAGGUUUUAGCGCUUAUUCUAAAAUACAUUUUCUGACUAGUAACCCCGCCCGCCACUAGGGCUGUACAAUUUGAAGAAAAACCAUCCUAUUAAUUUUGGACUGUAAGUCGCUACUUUCUUCCUACGUUUUGAACCCUGCCGUUUAUAAAACGGUGCGGCUAGUUUAUGGAUUUUUCUUUGCUGACGGCUUUAAAAAAAUAAAUAAAACAGUCACACUGUAUAGGUGUGCUAUUGCUUGUGCUAUGGCGCCAUCUUUUAGACGAGUUUGCUCACUGAGUGAGACAUAGCCACUCCGACGUGUCCUGGGUCUGCCCCGUUGUCUCCUACCGGUCGAACGUGCCGUAGAAACUAUAGUGGAAACAAACAAAUGAGGGCAAGUUUUGGGAGAUUUUGACAAGGUGGGGGAGCCGGAUGACAUCACUAGUCAGAAAAUGUAUUUUAGAAUAACUUAAAGCGUAAAGGCACAAAGUAAAAUGUUUACAGCACAAACAAAUGGCAGUUUUAUUUUGAUAUUUGCUUCUCACAGAUUUUGUGAUUGGUGUCUCUGGGAUAGGGUCCAGCUUCCAGCUCAGCCGCACCCUUAUAAACAAAAGUCAGCAGUUGGAAGACUGUUUAAGCAGAAUGCAUGAGCAAACACUUUUAUUGUCUUGAUUUUAAAGACCGAAUGAACUGGA